CAGAGGGAAUCGCCAGUGUUUGUUGUGACUCCAGUGAGUGAAGUCGAGCUGCGCACGGCGAGAGGAAUCUCGUGAUUUUCUCUCCAGUACAGUGAAGAAAAAACAACCAUUUUCCUGAGCACACGCACUUUGUACAGCGAAAAGAGAGAAUCUGCGAAACACUAUCGCCUUAUCCGAACUGCAGCAGACACAAAAUUGCACAUUUGCAGGCCGUGUUGAAGUCAAGGCGCAGAAAAUGGGCAAUAUUCUGUGUAAGGAACGAGUCGAUCGAGCGGGUGAUUCCAAAAGUCCCAUUGACAGAGUUAUUGGACGAUGUGCUCAACUCUGUCCAAAUGCAAUGAACCGAAAGAACGGAGAAUCCUGGAAUAAACACAUAUACGAAACCCGUCCUCAUCAGACACAACCAGCGAAGCUGGAUGCUUUUAGGAAUUCCACAUUGAAACUGGAGGACAGUAAUCUGCAGCAGAAGAGUAGAGUUCACAACUUGAAGGACGAAAUGGAUCCUGUUCCCCCAGUCGCGCCACCGCGCAAGAAGCGCCCCUCGAUGCUGAGUCAGGACGGGAGAAAAGUGAAGAAUGGCUUCAAGGACGUCUUCGGUGGUGACACUCCCAGGAGAUUCUCAUGCGACAGUGUCGAUAACAGCGCAAGACCGCGUGAGAUGAGCGUUGACGUGGUUGUUCCGCUGAAGCAGAGCCAGAGCUAUGAUUUCGACAGCAUUGGAUUCGCAGACUUUAGCCAGGAACACUCGCCGACAAGCGAACUAGACAAAAAAGUCCUGCCGCGAGUGGGCAACAAGAAAUCAGACAAGUUCUUCGGGGAGAAUCUGUCGGAUUGUCUCUCCGAUGAAUACGUGAGCGAUGACCAGAAGAAGCCUGAUGACGACAAGAGAGAGUCCAAGGAUGCCAUUGAGAAGUUCGUGGAGGAAAAUAAAGUCUCCGCUGAGUCUGCACAGCCACAGAAGGAGAAGCUGACAAAAUCCAACAGUCUGGAUAAGAAGGCAGAAUUCCUCAUGGCAAUGCUGGAUGGAUAUGCCCAGGAAGAUGCUCUGUACGCAGGGAGAGUGCCUGUGGAGGAGCCUCUGAUUGUGCCCAAGAGGAAGCAAAGCAAGCACAUCUGCGACGAUGACGAUCACAUGCAUCACCGUCACUUCCACAAGUACGAAUCCUCAGACGCAGUCGGACCGAAGAAGCCAGAUAGAGAUCUGGCCAAGUAUCGCAAGUCUGUGGAGAAUCUCGAUGAGAUCACGGCGCCAGCGGAAGUGGAGAAGCCCGCUAGAAAGAAGAGAAGCAUCAGUCGGGAAGAUCUUCCAACUGCACCGCCUCCGCCCUCGAAGGCCCCCGAAAACGUGACGAUUGUCGAGGUGGUCAGUUCUCAACUUCCGCCCAUUUCUCCUAAGCCCAGGACCAUGAAGAAGAUCCCCUCAAUGCCCUCGAUGCCAAACAAUCUCGUCCUGUCCUCCGUGGACAAGACCAAAGAUAUCGCCACGAAGCGAUCACAGCUGCAGAAGUGUCAGAGCUCUGGCGCACUCGUUCCGGAGGAUCUCAUGAGUGAAAUCAAGCGAAGAGUGUAUGAGUUUCAAAUGAGUCAAGAGUAUUUGCCUGAGGAAAUUGUCCACCACGGAUCGGACGGAUCGGAUCUUGUGAAGCCGCAAUCGAAACUCGAGAAGAGAAAAGUCUCCGUGACAAAGAAGAUCAGCAACGCGAGUUCUGCGGAUCUGGAACCAAUUCCUGACGAGGACGCAAAAAGGACGAUGUUUUCAAUUGGAAAUACAACAGUUAAGAUCACUGAGGAAGUCAAGGAGAUGGCAAAGGAACCCAGAGGAUCUCUUACAGAGAUCAGAGAACCGUACAAGAACACGUCUGAUGUGAUUCCUGAUAAACCUUUAGCUCCUCUGACUUCAACACCGAUCACCAUUCCCGCGAAGAAGGAUGUCACUGAUCUUCCGGCAGGAGAAAGUGCCUUCAGCCAAGUGAGUCGCCAGAAGACCGAAGACAGCCUAGAGAAAAUCAUUCACCUCCCGGAUUUUGAUGUGAAAGCCAUCUCCAAUGUCCUGGACGAUAUCUAUGCCAAUAACAAGUCCAUCCUUGAGGAAUUCCAGAGUUUCCUGGAAAUGGAGGCGGACAGUCUCGAGGACUUCACAACUGUGGACAUUAAGGACGAAAAGACCAGAGAAACACCUGAUCGAGAGCUGAAGAACAACGUACCAGAGAUCAGCGUCGAGCGAGAGAGAAGUAGGACGUCAUCGUCAUCAGGAGGAAGCAUCAGUGACGACAACUACACGGAGAUCAUCAAGGACACCCCAAAAGAGCAAGUCACCAACAAGACUCUUCUGGCUCUGGCUGUAGAGCGCGGACGCCGAGAAAGUAUAGACGAUGUUAACAACUGGUUCGACAAUCACAUUGACUCACCGCUCGUGAGUCCCACAAUCCAGAAUCUGUUCCAGGAGGCGCGCAAGGGGCGGCGAGGAUCAGACUUCACAGUCGGUUACGACACCACAGCGCUUUAUCCUUUCGGAAAGCAGCUGAAGCAGCGCAGCGGUUCUCAGUCUGAGGACUUCUUCGAGAAUGUCCAUCACUCCAAGAGUGCUGACAAUGUGGCGAGGAACGAGACAACUGCCACGGAGGAAGAUCAUUCAAAUCUCCUGAAAUUCUUCAAGAAUGAGGCUAACGCCGAUAGAGUGCAUUCGGUGCCAAAUUGACCACAAAUCCUUAGUAUCAUCCGUGCCCAUUCGAAAUCAUAGAUUCUGUUGAAUUAUCUCAUGCUUUAACAAUAAAGUUACCUCUGUUUUAUUU